AUGGCGACAGAGAAGCAAGAAAACAACGAAGGAGGUGAGACGCCCAAGAUUGACAGAGCCCAGGAUGUCGGCGUCAAUGGUCACAAAGAGAAGCAAAGCGACAGCGGCGACAAGCCCAAGGUUAAUGGCAAAACGUUGUCGAAAAGCCACGCGAAGGAGGCUAAGGCAGAUACGGAUGGGCAUGGCGGGAAAGAGCCCAAGACUCCGAAGCAUGAUGACUAUCCGCCGCUGCCCUUUGAUAGUGCGCUCAACGACUGCGAGAGGCGGGAGCGGGAACGAGCCAACGCAUACACUGCCCGGGGGAUUAGGUUUGCGCCCUGGAACAUACCGUACAGACGGCGGCUGCAGACGCUAGCGGUGCUAAUCCACUCGCUCAGCAUCGCCCUGACGGUAUCAAUUUUCUUUUUCCUCUGUGCCAUCCCGCUCAUCUGGCCGCUCCUGAUCCCGUACCUAGUGCGCAUGCUCACGUCCAAGGCGGCGACGGACGGGCGGCUGCGGUCGCGGUCGGAGCGGUUCCGGCGGCUGCCGGUGUGGCGCUUCUUUGGGGACUACUACCCGGCGAAGCUGCACAAGACGCACGAGCUGCCGGCGACGCGCAAGUACAUCUUCGGGUACCACCCGCACGGCAUCAUCUCGCACGGGGCGUUCGCGGCGUUCGCGACGGAGGCGCUCGGGUUCGCGGACAAGUUCCCGGGCAUCACCAACAGCCUGCUGACGCUCGACUCCAACUUCCGGAUCCCGCUGUACCGCGACUACAUCCUCAACCUGGGGAUCCAGUCCGUGUCCAAGGAGUCCAUCACCAACAUCCUGACGCGCGGGGGGGCCAACAACGAGGGCAUGGGGCGGGCGGUAACUAUCGUGGUGGGCGGGGCGCGCGAGUCGCUCGAGGCGCAGCCGGGCACGCUGCGGCUGGUGCUGGCGGAGCGCAAGGGCUUCGUCAAGAUGGCGAUCCGCACGGGGGCGGACCUGGUGCCGGUGCUCGCGUUCGGCGAGAACGACCUGUACGACCAGGUCAGCCCAAAGUCGCACCCCAAGCUGCACCGGCUGCAGAUGUUCGUGCUGCGCACGCUCAAGUUCACGCUACCGUUCCUGCACGGCCGCGGCAUCUUCAACUACGACGUCGGCCUGAUGCCGUACCGCCGCCCGCUCAACGUCGUCGUGGGCGCCCCCAUCAUGGUCGCCCAGGCUGCCGACGCCAAUAGCGUCGACCCGGCCGAGAUCGACAGGCUGCACGAGCUGUACGUGACGGAGCUCGAGAAGAUGUGGCACGCCUACAAGGACGUGUUUGCCCGGGGCCGGCAGGAGGAGAUGACCAUUUUCAAGUGA